AUGGAACCCUCGCACAAAGACCCCGAGACGGCGGCGGCGGCGGCGGCGGUGGCGGCGGCAGACCCCCGGGGGGCGUCCUCGUCCAGCGGGGUGGUGGUACAAGUCCGCGAGAAGAAGGGCCCCCUGCGCGCCGCCAUCCCCUACAUGCCCUUCCCCGUGGCCGUCAUCUGCCUCUUCCUCAACACUUUCGUGCCGGGACUGGGGACAUUCGUCUCAGCUUUCACCGUGCUGUGUGGGGCCCGCACCGACCUCCCAGACAGGCACGUGUGCUGCGUCUUCUGGCUGAACAUCGCCGCAGCCCUCAUCCAGAUCCUCACGGCCAUCGUCAUGGUGGGCUGGAUCAUGAGCAUCUUCUGGGGCAUGGACAUGGUCAUCCUUGCCAUUUCCCAAGGCUACAAGGAGCAGGGCAUCCCACAGCAGCUGUGAGCCCACAGGAGCCAGCGGCAGAGUCCAGGGCCACAAAGACCUUUACAUGUUCUCUUCUGCUCUUCUCGGAUUUGGGGUGGAAAGGGGCUAUUUUAAAAAAUAUUAUUUAUU